AUGAAAAUCUUCGUCUGUUUGCUGGCUCUGGGAGCUGUGGCCCAUGCAGGAUUCAUUGGCGGAGCAGGUGGCGGCGGCGGAGGCUAUGGCGGUGGUGGUGGUGGUGGCGGCGGCUACGGCGGUGGAUCUCCCCAUGGUGGCGGCGGCGAUGGAGGCUACAGCUAUGGUGGAGGCUCUGAUCACGGAUCCGAUCAUCAUCAUGGCAGCGGUGGUGGCUCCCCGCCCGUCAAAAUCAUCAAAGUCAUCCACGAAUCCGCUCCAGCUGGUGGUGCAGGAGGCUGGCAAUCAGGAGGAGGCGGUGGCGCUGGAGGCUGGCAAUCAGGAGGAGGCGGUGGCGCUGGAGGCUGGCAAUCUGGAGGAGGCGGUGGCUACGGAGGUGGCGGUUCCCAUGGCAGCGGUGGCGCCCAGGAGGUCAAAAUCAUCAAGAUCAUCUCACAGCAGGGUUCGGCUGGCGGUCAUGGAGGCGGCUAUGGUGGCUCAUCCGGCGGCGGUGGAUAUGGUGGCUCAUCUGGUGGCGGUUGGUCCUCUGGUGGCUCAUCCGGCGGUGGCUGGUCAGCUGGAGGCGGUGCUGCUGAUGCCCCCACGGCUGUGAAGAUCAUCAAAAUCAUCUCGGAAUCGGACUCUGGUGCUGGUGACUCUGGCGGUUGGUCCUCGGGCGGUGCUCCCAGCGGUGGCUGGUCCUCGGGUGGAGCUUCCAGCGGUGGUUGGUCCUCGGGUGGAGCUUCCAGCGGCGGCUGGUCACCUCAGGGCGGUGCCGGCAGCUGGUAAUUGUGAUAUUUCAACCCAUACCCAUCCCUCCAUUAUUGUCAUUGUCCACAU